GAGGAGAAGAUGAAUGUGGAGGCUCUAAGCAGAGCAGAGCUACUGACACUCCUCAGUAUCUUGGAGGGAGAGCUUGAGGCCCAGGAGGUGGUCAUUCAUGCCUUUAGAGCUCAACACAAAGAUUCUUUCGUCCAAGAGCGUUAUGGCCAGUACAACCUCAGUGAUCCAUUUCUGGCUUUGCAACGGGACAGCAAAGUAGCAGAGAACCAAAGCAGAAUUGCUCAAACUCAUGCAGACCUGCAGGAGCAAGGGGUGGGCCCUAACCCUCUGGCUGUACUGAAACUGGUCAUGGCCCACUGCAAGAGGAUGCAGGAAAGGAUGAUGAGACAGUUGGCAGCAACUGAGAGCAGACACAAAAAGAUGAUAGGUGAUCUAGCGAAAGACAAACUACGGCACACCCAUGAAUCUGCGCAGAGUGACAAUUUUUCUUUGAUUCUACAAACCGAAAGAGAUGAACUCUUACAACAGCUUGAAAUUGAGCGAGCAGCCGUGCGGCAACUUGAGAGGGCACAGGAGGAGGCCAUGAGCCAGGCAGAGGACUCACUGACCCAGCAUCAACAGCUAUCAUCUACUCUCAGCCUGGAGCUCCAAAAAGCCAGCACCCGGGCAGAUGAGGAGGCUCACAAGGUCUUAGAGCUCCGUACUAUGUUGCAAGAGGAGACAGGAGCGGUGGAAAAGCUACAGAAGCUCCUUGAAGAGGAAAAAAACAGAUCAGCUGAGUUUGAGGCUGAAAAUAAGAGGAAGCUUGCUGAAUUUACCACUGAGCAAGUCGAAUUGAAAGCCAGACUCAUCAAUGAAGAGUUUAAGAGUAAGGAACUGAGGAGACAACUUGAACAUCUGAAAAAGAGGUUGGCUGAAACCAGUGAGCGAAAGGAGGUAUUGACAGUGAUAAACGAGUUACCAUCCAAGGUGGCAGUUGCAUCCACCGCCAUUCAGACGGAGCCUGAUGGGAAAGUUAUUGUCCCCGCAAAAGGAUCAUCACUGGUAAAGGUCAAUGGCCAUCACACUGUUAAAGAGACAGAUCAAACUCAGGAAGAAAGAGGAACAGAAAACGUAGGGAUACAGGAAAACGGGGCAGGGGCAAGUUUACAUUCUCCUCUCACUCCUCAUCCUCACAAUAUACCUCAAUCUCCGUCAAGCACAGCCUCUUCUUCCCUCUCCUCCUCUCCUAUUUCUUCACCAGUUUUGGUCAAACAUCUUAACAGCCCCGGAUUCCAUCAGUCCUCCUACCAGGCUGGAGUCAAUCAGCGAUUCCAAGCUGCCCGACACAAGUUUCAAACCCAGGCGGAGCUGGAGCAGCAACAGCAUGGUGGCCCUCUUUCCCCCAGGGACCUCUCACCCACCACCUCCUCCAUCUCUCCACCACCAGAACACAGUGCAGCCAAGCAGCUGGCCCGCAACACUGUCACACAGGUGCUGUCCCGGUUCACUAGCCAGCAGGCCGGUGUCAAACUGUCAAACUCUCCAUUUGGUACAGACUACCGUAAUGUAGCUGUGUCACCUCCUGGGGGGAGGUCACCUUCUGGGCAUUUAUCUCCAGGUAUCCGAUCCCCUCUCACUCCGCGAUCAGAGAGGACUCAUCCUCCUCCAAUUCCUCCUAAGAAGCCAGGUAUCAGUCAGACUCCGGGGUCCCCAAGUCAUUCCGCCCAGACCAGCCUAUUCCCAGAGCUUUCAGGGAACUGCGGACCCACCAGCUGCGGACCAGAUGGGACAACAGAGGCGGUUUUAUCUUCUACCAGUUAA